CAAAUUGUCCCGGUCAUAAAUCGGGAGCUCCCAAGUUUGACUGCGGGGCAGAAGCUCCCCGCCUCGAGCCGAUAUGCGGAGCUUGUCAUCUGCGUUAGCUACCUAGGUAGUACUUUACUCGGGGAACGUAACGUGGGGAAGAGAAUUGUUCAUUUCCUAGACCCAGGGUGGGCAACCUAUUGCACGAUAUAACUUGACUUGUCUGUGCUCCUGGCCAUGAGUAACCACUCCAAGCUUUCUGGCAGGUACCACGCCAUUGAGCUGGACUCCAAUGACGCUCUCAGACACACUCGUGACGAGUUCAACAUCCCCUCCAAAGCUGAUGUGGCUCGCAAAACUCUCCCUACCGAUGACAGCACGGAUGCCAAUGAAAAAGCUAUUUACCUUGUAGGCAACUCUCUGGGUCUUCAACCCAAGCGCACUGUAGAUCGCAUACAGCAAUAUCUCGCGACAUGGCGCACACAAGGUGUACAGGGCCACUUUAAGCCCCUUGAUGACUCUCCUCUACCAACAUGGCUAGACGUUGACGCUCGUGCGGCCGAGAUGAUUGCGCCAAUCGUGGGCGGCAAGGCCAGCGAGGUGGCUGUCAUGCAGACUCUCACGGCCAAUCUUCACUUUUUGAUGGCGGCAUUUUACAAGCCUGAUAUCAAGGGACGGCAUAAAAUCAUACUAGAGAGUAAAGCGUUUCCAAGUGAUCAUUAUGCUGUUGAGACACAAAUACGGCAUCACGGACUCAGUCCUGAAGACUCCAUGAUUACCAUUGAGCCUCCAAACAACGAGGACAUUCUCUCCAACGAAUAUGUCGAGUCUAUCAUCGAGAUGCACGCCUCCACUACUGCAGUACUUCUCCUUCCCGGUAUCCAAUACUACUCGGGUCAGCUCCUCGAUAUUCCACACUUGACUAGCUUUGCUCGCGAGCGUGGAAUAUUCGUGAUCUGGGAUCUCGCUCAUGCUGCAGGCAAUGUGCCUCUCUCAUUACACGACUGGAACGUCGACGCGGCUGCUUGGUGUACAUAUAAGUAUCUGAAUGGCGGACCAGGCUGUAUUGGAGGUCUGUUUGUUCAUGAGCGUCACACGCAGGUUGGGGACGAUGGAUCGCACAACGUGAGACUUGCCGGCUGGUGGGGAAACGACAAGAAGAACCGAUUCGCAAUGAGACCUGGUUUCGUUCCUGUUCCCGGCGCAGCAGGGUUUCAACUUAGCAAUCCCUCCGUACUCGACAUAACGUCUCUCUGUGCUUCCCUCGAGACAUUCCAGCUCGCCGGUGGCAUGGCUCCCCUACGCGAAAAGAGCACGAGACUAACAGCCUAUCUCGUCUCCGAACUGCAAAAGCUGCCGCAGGACAUGAGCGCGUACUGGAAGAUCAUCACGCCAAGUGAGCAAGAACGCCGUGGGGCACAAGUGAGUAUUCUUCUAGCCCAUGGGUUGCUUGAUGAGGUUAUGGCUGGUCUAGAGAGGAGGAGUGUUCUGGUUGACGAACGCAGACCGAAUGUGAUUAGGGUAGCGCCAGCACCGCUGUAUAAUACUUUCCUAGAUUGCUGGGGCUUUGUCGGUGCGUUCAGGGGCGCUUUGGAGGAGACCCUGGAUGCAAAGUGGAAAAAGGAGCAGAUGGAUGAGUAGACUAGAAGAAUAAAUCACCCACCAGGUCAUAGAAUUGAGGCAUUGCGGCCAGCUUAUUUUCGCGCCAUGGUAAAUGAUGCAACUAUUUCAUGUUGGCUCUACUAACACAGACACAAAACUAUCUCUUGGAUGUGUUUAUGACUGCUCGUAAUAUGUUUAGAGUACGAAACUGCUUGGCCAUCUUAGGACAUUUAUGUCGUGCAUCUGUAGAGUGGCAAUGCUGGCAUUACGCAAAUUAAAGUAAACGACCCUCAGUUCUGCGUUAGACCUGAGAACUUAGUAGGGAACUACAGAUAGAUUAAGAAUAUGAGAAUUUACACUGCCUACAAUGAAUUAUCAUCGUUGUAUGAAGUCCUG